CAAUCAAUGAUUUCAGAUAUAACUGUGAAAUGGAAAUAUUUUUGCAAAAUUUUUCUGCUAAUUACUUUAGUUUUGAUUACUUGUGCGAUGGUGGCCUAUGGACUGUCGAGUGCAGUUUUGUUUUAUUUGGAAGAUUCGGAAGCAUUUGAAACAAAUGAAAUAAACUACGAAUAUUCUUCGAAACUAAUGGCAAAUUUCAAAUGCCAGAAGCGCGUCGUUGCUUACUCUGCAAAAUUUCUCAGUAAUCAUCAGCUCAAAAAACUGACUCAUUUCAUAUUUACCUCAAUUAGUAUAUUUCCAAAUGGGACAAUCAAAUGGCCAAAUUGUGAAAAUUUUGAAAGUUACGCAAGAAAAGCAAAGAUGGACAAUCCAAACCUUAAAAUAAUGGUUGAAAUAAAUGGCAAAUUUUUCUCGGUUUUAGCAGAAGAUGAAAAGAAAAAUUCCUUCAUAAAGUCUAUAUCUUCUUUUGUCGUUGAUCACAAGUUUGAUGGUGUCGAUAUAUUCUGGUCAUGGCCAGAAGACGAGGAUACAUUCCAUCUAUUCAUAAAGGAAUUUCGAGAAAAACUUGAGAAACAUAUGAUCAUAUCUAUUGCUAUUCCGCGACUAGCUCAACAGCUGGAAGGCUUCAAUCUGAAACUUUUAAUGAAUCACAUUGAUUUCCUCAACGUCUUAUCAAUCAACUAUUAUGAGCCAUUACCCGGUAAUGGAGCUAAUAUCGGUCCAAUAUCUCCAUUAUAUGGUGGACAAAGAGGAAAUGUAGAUGGAACAUUGAAAUAUUUAACUUGCAUUACAAAAAGACCGAGUAUUCUCAAUAUGGGAGUCACUUUCACGGGAAUAUUUUGGAAUGGUGUGAAAGACGGGCUCAACGAGCAAGACGAUAUUUGGAAAGUAGCUCAGAAUGAGAAUGGCCCGGGUAAAAGUAUUGGAUGGAGGAAAUUCAUUAAGGACCGAAGAAAUACAAUUCCACAAUGGCAUGACUCGUCUAAAAGCUCAUAUGCCUGGGACCCGAAAUCUAAAAUAUUUCUAGCUUUUGAAAAUGAGAAAAGCUUAUCGGAGAAGGUGAUUUAUGUUCGAAACAAGAAUAUUGGAGGACUUGUUAUAUGGAAUGUGGAUCAAGAUGACAAUGACAACUCUCUUUUGAAUGCAUUAACAUCCAUGGAUAUGUGCGCACGAGGUUCUGGGGGUACAAUGAAAUAUCGCUGUAGCAAUUCAAAUUUGUUAAUGAAACGUAUUCAAUAA